AUGCAGAGCUCACUGGUCGUAUUAUUAAUAUUAUUUUGCAGCAGCUUCUGCUGCUGUGCAGCGCGUCGCCUGUCGCGCAUCUUGCCACAAGCUGAAGGCGAGUCCGGCGUGCCCGUCUUUGGUGACUGCGGUUUUAGUGUUAACGGUGAUCUUAGCGAUCCAGCGCCGCUCUUCUCACGUCAUCAGUCUUACGAGCUAAUAGUGCCCGAUUCCACGGACACAGUGCGUCUGGCCAAUGGCGAGCUCUUAGAUUUGUUUUGUCCUGGCGACGGAUUUACAGCGCCUUUUGCAAAACAGACUCAGAUAACUGUGCAGUGCCUGCAACAAAAAUAUUUUCUCCACGACGGCCUCAUUUAUGCCUUAUCUAACUUUACCUGCGCUAAUUGGCCCACAUAUACGGCCCAGCGCACGGGACGUGAGUGCAACGGAGGCACAGAUCUGGUGCAAGUGGGCUUUGAGAUGGAAGACGGCGCCUUUUUGCAUGCCUACGAUGUCUGCCACGAUGAGCUGGCGGAGACCACGCGCUAUGUACAUCAUGUGCUCCACCCAUGUGAUUAUCAACAUGGCGUGUCACGUCCCAACUUCGCACAACUUGACUUCUAUGGUGAUAAGGAUGUGAAUAUUAAGUAUACGCAAACACAACAGAACUUCACCAUUAGCGAGAUUUUGGGCCUGGAUGCCUCGCCUUAUUUCAACUACAGUGACGAUCGCAUCCUCGCCCGCGGCCAUAUGGCGGCCAAGGCGGACAUGAUCUUUGCCGCUUGGCAGCAUGCCACAUUUCUCUUUAUCAAUGUGGCGCCACAAUGGCAGACGUUCAAUGGCGGCAACUGGGAACGCAUCGAGAGCAGUGUGCGCAAGUUUGUGGCCACAGAGAAUAUCACUGUGGACUGCUAUACAGGCACUUGGGGAGUCUCUCGCUUGCCUGACUUUGAGGGCACACCACGUGAGCUCUAUUUGGACUUUGAUGAGAACAACAAUGGCUUGAUACCCGUGCCAAUGCUUUAUUUCCGCGUUAUUAUUGCUCGCGAGACGCGCGAGGGCAUUGUAUUGAUUGGUGUCAACAAUCCUUAUGCCAGCUUGGCGGACAUACAAAAGGAGUACAUUUUGUGCGAGGACAUAGGACAUCAGCUAAGCUGGGUAGGCUGGAUGAAAGAGGAUCUACAUGAGGGCUACUCCUAUGCCUGCACUGUGGAAGACUUUACUGCUGUUGUCAAGGAUCUACCACUGGAAGAUUUACAUACAAAUGGCGUGCUUGGCUUGGAUGAGCCUAUCUCUACUACGACAACUGAAGCAGACACAAGUUCCACCUCAACCUCCACUACGACAACUGAAGCAGACACAAGUUCCACUCCAACUUCCACUGAAGCUUCUUCGACUACGACAACUGAAACCGACACAAGUUCCACCUCAACCUCCACGGAAACUUCUACCUCAGAAAUAUCCACUUCAACUACCACGGAAAGUCCUGCUACAGAAACUUCCACUUCGACUGCAGCUUCUUCCACUGAAAGCUCGUCUACCACGGAACUAUCCACUUCAACUACCGAGGAAAGUGUUCCUACAGAAACUCCCAUCUUAACUACGACUACCACCGAAAUUCCUUCAACUUUAAGCACUACAGAAGCACCUACAACUACGACUAGCGAAGAGCCUGCCUCCACAACUUCAACUCCUGCGGAUAUUCCCUCUUCAACUUCUACCACUGACGCACCCACGACUCCAACAUCAACACACAAGCCCACACCCACACCCACACCCACACCCACACCCACACCCACAGCGAAGCCCACACCCACUCCCACUCCGAGUCUUGGCUGUCAAAUCAACAUCAAUGCCCAUCUGAAGAAUCCUGCACCACUGCUGACGCCCAGCAACGAGCUGCUCUGGCUGCCCUCUGAUGAAUUCGGCAACUUUGACUUGGGCGUGGGCGAAACGCUUGAAUUGCAUUGCACAGGCGCUUUGGUUAAGCCCUUUAAUCGCUACACCGCACUCACCGCAAGCUGUGUGAGAAAUCAAUCCUUUUUGGUGGAUGGCGCUCAGUUGGAGUUCCAGCAGCUAAGUUGUCAGACCUGGCCCAGCUACGAGGCACAGCGCGUUGGCGUCAGUUGUCCAGGCGGCUCUGAUCUUCUAGAGAUAGGCUUUGAUGUAGCCGCAGGCUGGCUGCAGCAGCUGGAACUCUGCUUUGAUGAUAAGGCGCAGAUAACACGCUAUGUGCGCUAUAUGCUGACGCCCGCAAAUGUGGCGUAUCAAAAGGGCGUGGCACAGCCGGGAUAUCUGCGGGCUGGCUUCUAUCCGGGUAAGGAUGUCAAUCAGCUUUAUAGCCAGGCCCAGCAGCUGCAGUCGCUGAGCGCCACGCUGGAGUUGGAUGCCAGUGAGUAUCUGGACAGCAGCCGUGAUUUGUAUUUGACGCGUGGUCAGCUGGCGCCGCGUCUGGACUUUGUGCACGGCUCAGCGCAGCGUGCCACGCACUUUUAUGUGAAUGCCGUGCCACAAUGGCGUAGCAUCAACAUAGGCAACUGGAUGGCGCUGGAGCGCAGCCUGCGUGAAUUUGUGGCACGCGAUGGACUCAAUGUAAGCGUGCAUGCGGGCAGCUGGGGUGUGUCCACGCUGGCCAAUGCGCAGGACGAGCAAACAGAGAUUUAUUUGGAUGCAGACACACAGCAGCUGCCAGUGCCAAAGUUGCUCUAUCGCAUAGUCAUAGAUGAGCUGAGCCGCAAGGGCGUGGCGCUGGUGGUGGCCAACAAUCCACAUGCGACUCUCGAGCAAAUACGCGCAGACUAUGUGCUGUGUGAGGAUGUCAGCCUGCACAUGGACUGGCUGCAGUGGCAACAGCAGGAUAUACAUCUGGGCUAUGCUUAUGCCUGCAGCGUGGAGGACUUUACGGCAGUGGUUAAGGAUCUGCCACUGGAAGAGCUGCAUACAACAGGUUUGCUGGGCUUGAACGCCUGGCGUCAGCCCUGCAGCUUUCGUGUGAAUGGCGAUGUGGAAGAUCCAGCGCCGCUUUAUCUGCUGCGAGAUGCAGCAGGCAAACUCAGCUAUGUGCAGCCCAAUCUGGAGGGCGUUGUCGAGCUGCAGCCUAAUGAAGUGUUGGAACUGCACUGCAGCGGCUCGAGUAGCUUCCAAGCGCCUUUUGCGGGCGAGCAUCUGCUGCACGCCAUUUGCCAGCAGCAGCAAAUCUUUAUGGUGGAAGGCAACUACUACAAGCUGUCGCAUUUGUUAUGCAGCAAGUGGCCGGAAUAUGCCGUUAGACGCACAAAACGCAGCUGCAACGGUGGCAGCAAUCUGCUCGAGGCGGGCUUUGAGCUUGCCACUGAGGAGUUCUUGCAGACCUACGAUGUCUGCCAUGAUGAGCAGGCCGAGGCCACACGCUAUGUGCAUCAUGUGCUUUAUCCCGGCAGCGCGCACUACCAGCACUCUGUCAGUCGUCCCAGCUUCAUCACAGGCGGCAUGUACGGCGACAAAGAUGUCAAUGAGAAGUACAAACAAAAGACACAGAAUAUUACAGUAAGCGAGAUUCUAGGCAUGGAUGCUUCACCGUAUUUCGACAUAAGCAAAAAUGUCUAUCUGGCACGUGGACAUCUCUCUGCUAAAACGGACUUUGUAUUUGGCGCUGCCCAGCAGGCAACCUUCUUCUUUGUCAACGUGGCACCGCAGUGGCAGACCUUCAAUGCUGGCAACUGGGAGCGCAUCGAGGACAGCGUGCGUAAGUUUGUGGCCACAGAGAAUAUCACAGUGGACUGCUACACAGGAACUUGGGGCGUCUCUCGCUUGCCUGACUUUGAGGGCACACCACGUGAGCUCUAUUUGGACUUUGAUGAGAACAACAAUGGCUUGAUACCCGUGCCAAUGCUUUAUUUCCGCGUUAUUAUUGCUCGCGAGACUCGCGAGGGCAUUGUAUUGAUUGGCGUCAACAAUCCACACGCUAGUCUGGCGGAUAUACAAAAGGAUUAUAUUAUCUGCGAGGACAUAGGUGAAGAGCUGAGCUGGAUCAGCUGGCAAAAGACAGAUCUGCUCAAGGGCUAUUCCUAUGCCUGCACUGUGGAGGACUUUACUCAGGUGGUCAAGGAUUUGCCACUGGAGGACCUGAGCACCAGUGGUGUGCUGGGACUGGAUGCAUAAAUCAUCGAAGCACUGCAAAUUAAAUAUUUUAGUUUAGUUGAUAAAUAAAACUAGUUUGACA